ACAGCUAACAUUAGUGAAAUAAAGUUCAGAAAAACAGCAAGAAUUAAUGAUACAACAGGUAGCCCAUCAUCAAAACAUCAUAGACUAACAGCAGUUAGAGUGCCUCCAUCAGAAAAUGAAAUGGAUUCCUUUUUACAAAAAAUAAGUAAAGGAAAGGAAAGGCCAGCUAUUCUUAAAAUAACAAUGCCUUAUGCUGAAGAAUUCAUUCCCAGACUUUCUGACACCCGAUUUCCAUCACCCAUUACAGAGCUAUACAACCCUAAGAUGUUGGAUUCUGAUUAUAUUGAGCUAUUGUCUGAAUGUGAUAAAGUUUUUCAAGAGCUUAAGAUUACGGAAGCUGAAGCAGCUCUAGUGGAAUUGGAGACAAGGGGUCAAUCUUCUAAAAAGUCAUGGUUUGUAUUCCGUUCAGGCCGACUGACAGCUUCAUUAAUCAGAAAUGCAGUAAAGACAAACCAUGCUUCACCAUCUCAGAGCCUAAUUAAGAGGAUAUGUUACCCAGAGUUGUUCUCAUUUUCUACAAAAUCUACUAGAUGGGGCUGUGAUCAUGAAAAGGAGGCCCUCUCCACGUAUGAAUCUGUUGCCAAUGAAAACCAUAUUGAUUUAACAAUUAAAGAUAAUGGUUUCUUCAUUGAUCUUUGCCAUCCAUAUAUUGGUGCUUCUCCUGAUGGCAUAGUAAGCUGUUCAUGCUGUGGUAAAGGAGUUCUUGAAGUGAAGUGUCCUCAUUCUGUCAAAGAAUCAUUUCCUGAAGACAACAACCGUUCUUUUUGCAUGGAAAAAGGGAAUGAUGGAAACUGGACUUUGAAGCGGGAGCAUCCAUAUUACUAUCAAGUCCAAACUCAGAUGCAUGCAUGCAAUCUUGGAUACUGUGAUUUCAUAGUAUGGUCAGAAUCAGAUGGAACACUAAUAGAUCGUGUGUACAGAAAUACUGAUUUUUUUAUAAUAUUAUCGACGACCUGCAACAUCUGUUUGUCUAUGGAGUACUUCCUGAAAUAGUGGGAAAGUGGUACUCAAGGAAGCCAGCUGCAAAUUCAAGCAAUGCAUUAGUAGCUCCUGAUCCACUUCCUCAUGAAGACAACGAAGACAAUGAAGACUACGAUAAAGUUUGGUGCUACUGCAAUCAGCCAAGUUAUGGAGAAAUGAUACUUUGUGACAAUAAAUCAUGUCACAUCAAAUGGUUUCAUUGCGAUUGCUUAAGGAUACGUAAAGUCCCAAAAGGCAUUUGGAAGUGUCCCAGCUGUAGGAAGCUACCCAUCUCUAAAAAAUAAUAGCCAAACCCAGCAAACAAACUCAGAUCCAAUCUCUUAUUAAUCAAUAAUUACAUUAUUAUUAUUAACUAUAUCAUAUACAGUACAUACCAUAAAUUUAAGAAAAAUCAUUUUAGUCUUGGGAUACAAUGGAA